UCUCUUCACUUCCACUCCAGCUAUUAAUACUCACUGACACGUAUCCUCUCUCUCUCUCUCUCUCUCUCUCUCAGAGUCUAUCCCAAUACUCUAAAAUAAUCUAAAACAAAGCUUUUUGGUUUUCCUCUCUCACCAAAAGCAACCUGCUUGUGCUUAAUCACGAUUUCGUUUCUGGGGUCUGUGUGUUCCCGAGUCAGGAUUCUGGAAACGAAGGAGCUCGGCAAGGGUUUCUCUCAGCUUCAUAAUACACAACCUUUGGUAAAAUUGAGGAGAAAAGUUGUGAUUGAGAAUGGAGUGAGAGGGUUGCUGAAGAAUUGUUCUCACUUCUCAGUCUUCUGUUCAUAAUUUGUAGAGGCAUUCGAUUGAUUGGGGUUCUUCGGUUUUUGCUUCUUCUUCUUUUUUUCCCGACGCAAAAUCCAAAUGGGGAAGAUUUUUUGGUCACAUAUAGUAGUUUUGUUUUGCUUGGGGGCGUUUCUUGAACCAUUCUUAUGCCAUGAUGAUUCAGACGAACCAACUUCAGCUGUGUACAUUGUUACUCUGAGACAGACUCCUUCCUCUCAUCACUACAGUGAGUUCAGAGUUGGUAAGGGCUUCGAACAUGGUGCUUCUGAGAGAACUAGAUUUCACAAACCAAGAAAUAUUUCAAGGGGACACAAAAUAUUUGGCUCUCAUAUUGCCAGAGUUCAUGAUUCCUUGCUGAAGAAAGUGUUGAAAGGGGAGAAAUAUCUGAAGCUCUACAGCUACCACUACUUGAUAAAUGGAUUUGCUGUGCUGGUUACCCCGCAGCAGGCUGAGAAACUAGCGAGUAGAAGAGAAGUGUCCAAUGUAGUCUUAGAUUUUUCUGUAAGAACUGCAACUACCCAUACUCCACAAUUCUUGGGUCUGCCACGUGGUGCAUGGUCUCAAGAAGGCGGGUUUGAAACUGCUGGAGAAGGAAUUGUUAUUGGGUUUAUUGAUACUGGAAUUGAUCCAACACACCCAAGUUUUGAUGAUAGUAAAUCUGAACGUCCAUACCCUGUUCCUGCUCAUUACUCUGGUCUCUGUGAGGUUACUCGAGAUUUCCCAUCUGGUUCUUGCAAUAGGAAGCUUGUUGGGGGCCGGCAUUUUGCAGCAUCUGCUAUAACCAGGGGAAUAUUUAAUUCAUCUCAAGACUAUGCUUCUCCCUUUGAUGGCGAUGGCCAUGGCACGCACACAGCUUCUGUAGCAGCUGGAAACCAUGGGAUUCCAGUUGUAGUUGCUGGUCAUCACUUUGGAAAUGCUAGUGGGAUGGCUCCACGUUCACACAUUGCUGUUUACAAGGCAUUGUACAAGAGUUUUGGAGGAUUUGCAGCAGAUGUUGUCGCAGCUAUUGACCAGGCAGCUCAGGAUGGGGUUGAUGUUAUAAGCUUGUCAAUCACUCCUAAUCGCCGCCCUCCUGGUGUGGCAACUUUCUUGAAUCCCAUAGACAUGGCAUUGCUGUCAGCUGUAAGGACUGGUAUUUUUGUUGUGCAAGCAGCAGGCAACACUGGACCAUCGCCAAUGAGCAUGUCUUCCUUCAGCCCAUGGAUCUAUACUGUUGGUGCUGCCACUCAUGACCGAUCAUAUAGCAACUCCAUGGUUCUUGGGAAUAAUGUGACUAUUCCAGGAGUUGGACUUGCAUCUGGAACAGAUGAAAGUCAAAUGUACAAACUGGUUCAUGCACUUCAUGCUUUGAAAAAUGACUCAAGUGUUGCUGAUAAUAUGUAUUUGGCUGAGUGCCAAGAUUCAAGCAACUUCGAUCAGGAGCUGGUGAAGGGUAAUCUCUUGAUGUGUAGCUAUUCAAUACGCUUUGUGCUUGGCCUCUCCACUAUCAAACAUGCCUUAGAGGCAGCCCAGAACCUUAGCGCAGUUGGUGUUGUCUUCUAUAUGGAUCCUUUUGUGAUUGGCUUUCAGCUUAACCCAGUUCCAAUGAAAAUGCCCGGCAUAAUAAUUUCAUCUACAAAUGAUUCCGAGAGUUUACUGCAGUACUACAAUUCUUCAUUGCAAAUAGAUGAAACGUCAAAAAAGAUCACAAAAUUUGGUGCUGUUGCUAGCAUUUGUGGUGGACUGAAAGCAAAUUACAGUAAUGCUGCUCCAAGUAUUAUGUAUUAUUCUGCCAGGGGGCCAGAUCCAGAGGACACUCUUCCUCACGAAGCAGACAUUUUGAAACCCAACUUGGUAGCUCCUGGAAAUUUGAUAUGGGCUGCUUGGAGUUCUGGUGGCACUGAGUCUGUUGAAUUUCUUGGUGAGAAUUUUGCAAUGAUGUCUGGAACAAGCAUGGCUGCUCCACAUGUUGCUGGUCUUGCUGCAUUGAUCAAGCAAAAGUUUCCAAAUUUCGGUCCUGCAGCUGUUGGAUCGGCACUGUCCACUACAGCUUCUGUUUAUGAUAAAAAUGGUGGGCCAAUAAUGGCUCAGCGAUCCUAUGCCUCCCCUGAGCUAAACCAGUCUCCAGCAACUCCAUUUGACAUGGGAAGUGGAUUUGUGAAUGGAAGUUCAGCAUUAAAUCCUGGCCUGAUUUUUGAUUCCAGUUAUAAUGAUUACAUGUCAUUCCUGUGUGGUAUCAAUGGAUCGGCACCAAUGGUGUUGAAUUUCACUGGCCAAAACUGUGCUCUUUACAACUCUACUGUAUAUGGUCCUGAUCUGAACUUGCCCUCCAUCACAAUUGCAAAGCUAAACCAAUCCAGAGUGGUGCAGAGAACAGUUCAAAACGUUGGCGGGAAUGAGUCUUACAGUGUUGGAUGGUUUGCCCCAUUUGGAGUUUCACUGAAGAUAUCCCCUACCCACUUCUAUAUAGGCAGUGGAGAGAAGCAGGUCUUGUCUGUGUCCUUGAAUGCAACCACUAACAGCUAUGCUGCUAGCUUUGGGAGGAUUGGACUGUUUGGAAAUCAAGGUCAUGUUGUGAACAUUCCUGUGUCUGUUAUUGUUAAGAUUUCUCAGAAUCUUACCAUGGCUAACCAUUUUUCUCUUGUUUUGAGUUUGCUCAUUUUGAUUUUCCCCCCUUUUUUGAAAGUUGAAAUCCAGAAUGUAUCAUGCAAUUUUUUCAUUCAUUAUCAUGUAAAGUAUUUAAGAAUGUGACUGUAAAUCUAUAGAUGUAUAAUCAUUAGUAAUAAUCUGACACCUGAGUUCAUUCAUUAGCAUUAAGAGUUACCCUUUUGGCUUGGAUUACCACAGUCAAUUCUAAUCA